CCUCUCGCGGCGACGCCCGUCGAUAGCUUUGUUCACGGGGAACGUCGUCGGCGCGGCAGGCCCGGUUACGUUUGUUUAGCGCGCUGCGUCCGUCCCGGCGGCCGUUGGCGCGCUGCGUCGCGCCCUAUCUCUUUCUUUAUCUCCGGUUCGUCGCGUCCAGUUAGUUUGCCUAAUACCGUUUGCUUUGCUCCCUCGCUAUCUCCCCUGUGUGUGACCCCAUUGCCAGUCGUAUUUAAACCUGCUGUAAACACCUCCCUCUCUCUGUUCUCUCUCAGUCUUCGCGCCGUGCGGUUGUUUCGCUCUGCUCGGCUCAGCCUCCACGCAGUGUGGUGGUUCUCUGCCGGCUCUUGCUCAUCGCAAUAUAGACUGUGAAUAAGUGCAGUGGUGUGUCCAAGGAAGUGGUCACCUGGAGCGAUUGAGCAAAAGACUUCAAGUUAGCGGCACAGUAUACUCAAGUUUCUCUCUGUUCUGCCUCAGUCGUCGAGCCGGGCGGUUGUUUCGUUCCGCUCGUCGCAGCCUUCAAGCAGUCGGAAAGGCAUCAGAAUGGCCGAGGUGGGUUGGGUUAUUCAAGGCGCUGGUCCAUGACCAACCAUCCCUCUCCGACACUGAGAAAAUCGCCCACCUACAAUCAUCUGUAAGUGGUCUGGCACAGCAGACCAUAUCUGGCAUGCUGUACGACGGAAAUCUCUACCACCAAGCUCUAAAGGCGCUUGAAGAGCGUUUCGGCCAGGACGAUGACGUCAUUCAGCACAACCUCAACAGCAUCUUCGACGCUCCGGACCCACGUGAAGACGACGCAGAAUCACUGGAAAUAUUUCAAGCAACCGUGCACUGUGCGGUCACUAUUCUGCAGAACAUAGGAGCGAACGCAGACCUGCACAGCAGCUAUAGCUUGCAGCGAACAGUGGAGAAACUACCAAGAGAGCUGAGGCGCGAGUGGGGCAAGUUCUCUUUGGAGCUGAAACCUCGCGAGUGGGGCAAGUUCUCUUUGGAGCUGAAACCUGGAAAACCGUCGCUAUUGGAUGUAGAUGCGUGGCUGCAGACUCAAGUUAAGAUAAGCAGAAGCUGCCCCAAAGGAAAACAGAGCUUUGAAGAAGCCAGCCGUAAGAACAGCAAGGAGAGCGCCGUUGAGACUGUCAGCAGACAGGCCUUUACCACAGCUGCGAGGCCCAUCCAGAAACAGGAAUGUUCUCUCUGCGGAAAACAUCACAACCUGGAUCAGUGCAAGCUGUUCACUGCAAAAUCUCCCGACGCCCGGUUGAAGCACGUGUUUGGUGAGCAACGAUGUUUCCGGUGCCUGAAGAAGGGCCAUCGCGUGAAAGACUGCCGGAAGGCAAAACGCUGUGGGAAGAACGGCUGCAAGUACCGGCACCACGCUCUCCUCCACGGCGGCCAGCCAGUCAGGCUUCAGCCACCCGAAGUGUCAACCGCGGAAACGGAGAGAAAGGCUGAUGAAGCAGUUUCGAGGAUACGUCUCGCAACCAAGCAGAAGAGGGUCGUGGCAGCUUGGGAUGCCACCAAGAAGACAAAGGCAAUGUUACGCUGCUGCAAGUAGUCUCAGUCCGAGUCUUUGGAAGUACAGGAACCAAAGACACGCUGGCUCUACUAGACCCUGGCGCCCAGACAUCCCUAUGCAGUCAGAAAUUAGCGGACAAGCUGGGCAUCUCAGGCGAGCCGCAGGAACUAUGUAUGCAGACGAUUCAAGGCACUGGA